AUGCAGCGUUUCAAGGUUCUGGCAUGGAAUUGUCGGGGCCUGAACAACACAGAAACCCAAGACGCUCUUGUCAGCAUUGUUCGGCAUCAAAACCCUAGUCUGGUUUUUUUGUCAGAAACCUUGGCAGCCCCGGAUCUAUUGACGACAGUUCAACGUCGAAUAGGUUUUGAUGGUGUUGUUUGUGCACCGAAGGAUGACGACUGUCGUGGCUUAGCCCUCUUCUGGCGUAGAGAGCUCCCGGUCCGCCUUCACACCUACUCUGCUAAUCACAUCGACGCUGAGGUUGGUGUGGUGGGCUCAGAGGGAGUAUUUCGCUUCACAGGUAUCUAUGGAGUCGCUACUACAGCUAACCGUGAUAUUACUUGGAACCUUCUCCGAUUAUUGGCUACCCAAUAUAACUUACCUUGGCUCGUUGCUGGUGACUUCAACGAGAUCUUGUGCCAUGCAGACAAGUCUGGCGGCCCAGCUCGACCAGUGGGACAAAUACAGCGAUUUCGUCAAGCUCUUGUGGAUUGUGAUUUAGUUAAUAUGGGGUUUGUGGGAUCACGCUUCACCUGGUCUAAUCGUUUUACAAAGGAGAGGCUUGAUCGAGCCUGCCACACAGUGCAGUGGAGAGAUCUCUACCCGUUCUCCCGAGUUAUCACUCUUCCCCUCAGUCACUCUGAUCACUGUCCUAUCUUGAUUGAUGUGAACCCGGAUUCUGGUUCUUUGCCUCGUAGUCCUAGGGCUUUUCGGUUCGAAGAGAUGUGGCUGGCCCAUACAGGCUGUACUGGAGUUGUUGAGCAAGGUUUGAUGCUUCCCACUAUUGGUGAGUCCAUGUCCCAAGUUAGUAGAAAGAUUAAGCAUACUGGACAUCUUUUCUUGAAAUGGCAUGAUGGUACCUUCCAGCAGCGACAAACUGAGAUGAAGUUGAUCCAAGGUAAGCUAGAAGUCCUCAUGAGGAAGCCUUUUGAGCAGAGUCAUUUUGACGAACAAAAAGCUCUCCAGCCUAAGAUAUCCGAUGAGAUGAACUUGAGCCUUUCUGCUCCGUACUCGGAGGAGGAGAUCAAGAAGGCUUUAUUUCAAAUGCACCCCUCUAAAUCUCCGGGUCCAGACGGGAUGUCUCCAUGUUUUUUCCAAAAGUUUUGGCAUGUGGUUGGCCAUGAUGUGUGCUGCGCAGUUAAGGCAGUAUUGACCACAGGUACCAUCUCCCAGGAAUCAAACUUCACUCACCUUACUCUCAUUCCAAAGAUUAAAGAAUCGAAGCUCCCUUCUGACUUGCGACAAAUUGCUUUGUGCAACGUGAUUUAUAAGAUUGCUUCGAAGGUUCUGGCUAACAGGCUCAAGCUUAUUUUGCCUCACAUUAUUUCCCCGCUACAAAGUGCUUUCGUUUCUGGACGUUUAACCUCAGAUAAUACAUUGGUUGCUACGGAGAUUGCUCACUUCAUGAAAAAGCUCCGUAGGCAGGCAAAUGGUUUUUUUUCUUUGAAAUUGGAUAUCUCGAAGGCAUAUGAUCGUUUGGAAUGGCAAUACCUCGAGGCUAUUCUUCUCCACUUAGGGUUUUGCCAAAGCUGGGUGUCCAUUGUACUGGCCACGGUCAAGUCUGUUAGCUACUCUAUUUUGAUAAAUGGAUCUCCUACAGGUUUUAUCAUGCCUACUAGAGGUAUUCGACAAGGCGAUCCCUUAUCUCCAUACUUAUUUAUAUUGUGCGCUGAGGGUCUCUCUGCUUUGAUUUCCUCUUCCGUUCAGAACGGAACUAUUCGUGGUUUAACCAUGGCUCCUACUGCUCCUACCAUGCAUCAUUUACUUUUUGCAGAUGAUUGUUUUCUUUUUGGGGACGCAUCAGCACGAGAAUGCCUGGAUUUUAAGCGUUUGUUGGAUGUGUACGCUAGAGCCUCUGGACAACACAUUAACCUGCAGAAGUCUAGUGUGGUUUUCAGUGGUAAUGUUAGUUUGCAUAGCAGAAACACUUUGGCUGCUAUCCUUGGUGUGCAAUGUGUUAAAGAACAUGGAUUGUACCUAGGGCUGCCUAUUCAUGUUGGACAUAAUAAGAAGGCCAUUUUUGCUUAUCUGAAAGAGCGCUUGUCAAAGAAACUCAUUAGUUGGAGAUCCAAGAUUUUAAGUUCUGGAGGUAAGGAAUUGUUAAUUAAGGCGGUGGCUCAGACUCUACCUAAUUAUGUAAUGAAUUGUUAUGCUCUCCCUAAAACUAUGUGUGAUGAAUUACAACAACUCUGUUGUCAAUUUUUUUGGGGAAGCUCUGAGGAGAAGCAGCGAAUUCACUGGAGGUCUUGGGAAAGAAAGUGUUUGCCAAAAGACAAAGGUGGUUUAGGUUUUAAACACUUACAUGCUCAUAAUCUGGCUAUGCUCUCUAAGCAGGGUUGGAGGUUGCUUUCCAAACCUGACUCGCUUGUGGCUCAAGUAUUUAAAGCUGUCUAUUAUCCUUUUGGAUCCUUCCUUACGGCAGACAUGGGUGAGCGCCCCUCCUACUCGUGGCGAAGUUUAAUGGAGGCUAGGCCUGUGCUACAGGCUGGACUUGUUUGGAGAAUUGGAGAUGGGCAGUCAGUGGAUAUUUGGAAUGAUGAGUGGAUUCCUAAUGUCUCUCAUCACUCUAUCUUUAGACCGGAUGACACUGUCUUUGAGCGGGUAGCGGAUUUAUUCCAUGGUGAUUCAUUGACUUGGAAUCAUGUUGCUGUCCAUGCCUGCUUUGAGCCUUAG